AUGGGCCAAUCGAAGGAGACGUGCUGGGUUGGUACUGGCCGUGGUGGUCAAAGAGGUUUUGGUAACAACAACCAUGGUGGUAAUGGGUAUGGAAACCGCCCUCAAGGAGGUAACGGCGGUAACGGAAAUCGUGGUGGUUAUGGUAAUCAAGCUAGUAGUGGAAACCGGGGAGCCAACAACGCACAAGGUGGUAAUGGAAAUGGUAAUGGUCGAGGACCAGGUUGUUUUAAUUGUGGAGACGUGGGGCAUUUCAAGAGAGAAUGCCCAAAGCUCAAUCAAGCUCAAGGAAGGUUCUUCAACAUCGGAGCGAGGGAAGCUCGCUAG